AUGGGUUUCUGUAGUCAAUCGUUUACCAUUCUCCUGCGGCUUGCGUUACUUUUCUGGGCUUGUUCUAGUCACCCAAUCCACUGUUAUUCUCUCACCACAGAUGUUCCCCCACCUCCCGUCGAUCUGGAAUGUUUCUCCAGGGGACCUACCUACGCCAUCCUGCGUUGGCUACCCGGAAAGCCACUACAAGAUCGCGCUUCUCGCACCUAUGUUCCAAUUACCAGUUACACGCUGACGCUGACCGAAGUUGAGCCAACGUCAGGACCGCCAAUGAAACGUCAGAUCACCGAUAUCUCACCCUGGAAAAUCAAUAAUGAUGGUUCAGUGCAUCUCAAGGUCAUUGAUCUGAAGCCGGACAGACGCUAUGCUGCGAAUGUCUACGCUGUCAGCCUCAAGUUUGGCAUGUCAGAUGCCAGUAACACUGCCACUUUUAGCACCUCCGAACUGCGUAAGUACCUGACGUGUUGA